CAAAGCGAACACAUUGCUCAAUUUGCAGUUUUAAAACAAUCAGCAUAGCCUGUGGGUUGGUUUUCACUGACGUCACAUUUUUCGCCCAACCACUGCGCGCCCCCAUUGAACCUCCCUACCGAAAGCGUACCCAAUGUGGAAAUCUACGGAAUACUCACGGUUACUGUUUGUGUUUUUGUGUUUCACGGGCAUCUCGGGACUCAAGUACACAAGAGAGGACUUGCUAACGAUCGGAGAGCCUCCUUCUGGCUUUUUUUCGGCCACUCUCGCCAAUUCGCUGAAGCUUUUUCUAGAGUUGCUAUCGCCGCACUCUUCCAAGCCUCGCAACCCGGUACACAAGUCCGACUCUGUAAGCGGGGACAUAACCUAACACUUCCGACGAAAGACUUUGGACGUUCUGUGGCUCUGUGCUUCACGGAGACUUCGCUUUGCGGACGAUUCCCCCGACGCUGCUAUCCCGCUACCCGGUCUCAACCUCCAUCACGCUAAGCUAACAAGCUUAAUCGAUACUCUUUUCAGAAGGCCAACAUUACAGUUAAGAUCCUUUUUUGUCAGUCGCUUGAAAGAUUCUCGAAUUUUGUGAAUUACUGGACUUGGUUUAUUCUUUUGUCUUUCUGCCAUUGUCAUCAAAUUUUUAACAUUAUAACAAACAUUUCACUUUGCUUGUGGUGAACUAAUAUAAAGGAUUUACUUUUUGAAAAAAUAUUGGAAUAAAUCGAGGUUGCCUCGAUAUUGAAAAAGAAGCAUAUUCCACCGCAUUUCGUUUUCCGUGUUAGCAUACAUGUAAGCGCUCCUCCUUCGUGAUUUCUGUCACAGAGUAUAAGAUCAAGGGCCCAAUGCUGCGCCUUUGUGAUGCAGUCCCGAGUCCCAUGAUGUGUGUACGCCUAACCCUUCAGUAUAUCAAAAUAUUUUAGCGUUUUAAUCUAAAGCCAUAAUUUGUUAUCAGGAGAGGAUAACUCAUCGGUCAAAGUUACCAGUUAUUUCCCUUUCCUUCCUGACCCAACAUGGCUGCCUCAAGUACACACCGAGCGUUUCCUGAGAGUAGAAAGGUCAGCAUGCAACCAAGUUUGUCUUCAAAACGCUAAUCCAUCAGUAUUAUUAAUGUGUGGGUGCGGCAUGGCUUGCCCAAAUGUCGACAUGGCAAUCCAAGAAGAUGGCCGAGGCCCGCGGCGAGGCGUUCAGAAAUCCCCACGGGUGGUACGGUACCAGGGACGGCAGGUCGCGAAGGUCGGCGAGGACCGGGGGGGCGCUUGGACCUCCGUGCUGGGGUCCAUGCAGGUCGUCAGUGGACUGCUCAGCGUCGGACUUGGUCUCACGUUCGCUGUGAGCCUGGUGAUGACUCAAACCCUACUCACGCUCUUCAGAGUUUCUCACCUGACCGGGGUCCUUUUCAUAAUUGCAGGACUCGUUUCCAACAUGCUGCUGAGAUAUCCGGUAUUAAUAACUGUGUCGCUUACGCUACAUAAAGCCUGUAUCCUUGUGGCCAUAGUUGCUGUUGCUUUAAUAAGCACCGACCUGAUCCAACAGAAUCAAAAUGUUGAAUAUUUGAAGUUGGUGGUGCUGGAAGUUGCGAUGUUGGGACUUCAGCUCGGACUCAGCGUCAUUCUCUGCCUGUACAUCUCCAAGGGAAAAUCUGCCCUGUUGAAUAAUUAA